CGCCCUCUGAAAAGGGUGUAUGUUGGCUCUCGUGCGCGUAGGACGCCGGGCCACCGAGAUUUGUUCGCCUGUUGCUGUUCCCCCUCCUGCCACUUGCGUCACAACAUUUCACCAUGAGCAAGUCCGUCACCCUCAAGGUGAAGGUCCCCUCCAAGGGCGAGUAUGAGUUCACCGCCUCCACUGUGGAGGAGCUGAAGGCCGCCUUCGCCAAGAAGUUCCCCAAGUACUACCCCGACCGCCAGCGCAUGACCUUUGUCAACAAGGAUCAGCGCCGCGUCGUCCUGACCCACGGUGCCCUUGAGAGCGCUGGUGUUAACAACGGCGAGGUCCUGACCUUCAAGGAUCUCGGCCCGCAGGUCGGCUACCGUACCGUCUUCCUGGUUGAGUACUUCGGCCCGCUGGUCAUCCACCUCCUGGCCUACUGGGGCCUGCCGAAGUUCUACGGCACCACUCCCAGUGCCCUGCAGACCCACGUGGUCAUCCUCAACCUCCUGCACUACGCCAAGCGCGAGCUGGAGACCGUCUUCGUGCACCGGUUCUCGCACUCCACCAUGCCCCUUCGCAACAUCUUCAAGAACAGCGCCUACUACUGGCUUCUUGGUGGCGCCCUCUUCGCCCUGGACUUCUACCGUCCCUCGAAGGCCGUCGUCGAGACCAGCAGCGGCAUGCUCUGGGGCCUGACCGCCUUCUGGGCCUUCUGCCAGCUUUCCAACCUGUAUGCCCAUGUCACCCUGCGCAACCUCCGCCCCCCUGGCACUCGCGAUCGCCGUAUCCCCUAUGGCUUUGGCUUCAACCUGGUUUCCUGCCCGAACUACCUGUUUGAGAUCCUUGGCUGGGUUGCCGUGUCGCUCAUGACUCGGACUUGGUCGUGCAUGCUGUUCACCGUGGUCGGCGCUGCUCAGAUGUCCGAGUGGGCCAACACCAAGCACAAGCGCUACCGCGCGGACUUCCCCAACUACCCCCGUGAGCGCCGCCGUCUCUUCCCCUUCAUCUGGUAAGGUGCUCGGCCGGCAUGCCCUCCCCCGGCUUGCCUCUUGCUCCUCUCCCCCUCUCUCUCCUUCGCCCUUUGGGCCUUCCUCUGCCCUUCAUACACAUGUCCGGUUGUGAUUGUGCAUGUGUGUGAUGGCCAGGGGAAGGGAGUAUCGGACACCGGGAUGGACCCAUCCUUUUGGUGUCUCCCAUCGCUGUGCUGCAUCCAAAAGAAUAUACACGCCCGGCUGAUGGCCCUCAAAA